AUGAAAAAUGAUUUUAACCAUUCAGUCAGUGAUGAGUUUUUUCGAUUGUUAAUGCCAAAAAACGAGUACCAUGAAUAUUAUCGGCAAACACUUAUUCCUAGCCACUUAAAAGCGUUGAAAUAUAAUCUUUCUCAUGGAAAUAAAGAUCUCUUUUUUUUUGAAAUUAGUUCAGUUUAUGGUGCUCCCCACCAGCAAGAGGAAUUGUUAACUUUAAGUGGAGUAGGAAUAUUGGAAAACAUUUUUAGUUUAUGGAAGAUAGAAAAAGAAAUUUCUUUUACUCUCCCUUCCCUUAAUUACUUAUAUUUUCCUCAAAGUGCAGAAAUAUUUAUUGGCGAGGAAGGCAUAGGUUUUUUUGGUCGUCUUCAUCCCCAAAUUGCCCAAAAAUAUCAAAUUAAUGAGAAUAUAUUUGUUGCUCAAGUUUCUUUAAGCCGGAUAAUUGACUAUUUAAACCGCUUUUCCACCCCAAUAUCUUAUCAGCCAGUUUCUAACUUCCCAAGUAGCACCAAAGAUUUAUCAUUUAUCUUUUCUGAAAAUAUUAAUUAUGGAGAAGUUAUUGAACUAAUAAAGGAAGUAGUAGGCAACAAUUUGCAAGAAAUAAAGGUUUUUGAUGUUUACCAAAAUGCCGAGUUGGAGAGAACAGAAAAAAAAUCAGUUAGUUUUCACUUAAUUUUCCGAAGUUCCAGCAAGACCCUAGAAAGCAAAGAAAUAGAAAAAAUAUUAGAAAAUAUUAUUGAAAGGGUGGAAAAAGUAUUUAUGGCAAAAUUAAGGGGUUAG